AAAAGAGCUGAUACGCAGUUUUGCAAUGUGCCAGGUGCGCGUUUUCGUGAGAAAGUGAAAAGUCUUACGUGACGUCACCAAGGAUAUAAAACGUUAAGAAGGGAAAUUCGGUUGGUAAGACCUGAAAAUGACGGGCUUUUUGUUCAUCUUUGGAUUACUGUUAGCCUUCCAUCUUUGUGUUGGUGACGAUGACGAAUUAUGCCCACCUUCAUCGGUAAUAGCACCUUGCGACUGUGACGGAGAAGGUAUUAAUUGCAUGAAAGCCAAAGAUGAUGCAGAAUUGCAGAAAGUAUUCCGUUCUAUUCCUAAACCCUGGGCCUUCAGAGGAGUUUGGAUCCAAAUAACCGAUAUGUCGCAGGUUCCCUCUUAUAUGUUUAAAGGCAUCGAAGUACAAGCUUUCCAUUUAGAAGUUAAUCGUAUUAACAAAGUCAGCCCGAAUGCAUUUAAUGGAUCCGAACUAUCAGUACGAUCUAUCAGUCUUUUUGGCAACGUUUUGACCACCGUUCCGUUCGAAGAUUUCAAAAAAUUACAGUUUCUGGCUACAAUCAAUAUCGCUAGAAACAAUCUCGACGAAAUUCCGCAAGAUGCUUUCCGGGGAAUGCAGCGUCUAACAUCUAUCAUUUUAGCAGAAAAUAGGAUCCGUUUUGUUGGAAUGAAUGCGUUUAAUGAUUGCCCCAAUUUGCAGCAAAUCGAUCUUUUGCACAACAGAAUAAACAUCUUAGGACCAAUGUCAUUCGCAAUGACGAAACAUAAUCCAUUUUUGCAGAUAAACUUGGCUAAUUGCAGUAUAGCCAGUAUUUCUCCUACAGCCUUUACUGGAGCAGCCCCUAAACUUUUACAUCUGGCUAUGAAUCGACUGCCAUAUUUAGAAGAAGCAGUUUUUGGUCCCAUACUUCAAAAAACUAACAAUGUUGCCGGAGUUAUCGAUGUCUCUCUUAACCCAUUCAUGUGCCAAGGAUGCAAUUAUCUUUGGUUAGUAAUAAACAAAAAUGUAUUGAAAUAUCGUCUUCCGGGAUUCCGCUGCAUGAAUGGAAUGAAUAUCGAUCAAUUGACCAGACAAAAUAUUUGGUGCAAUUAAAAUCGAAUGUAUUAUUAUGAAUCAUAAUAAACAUUUUUGACAGAUUU